AUGGACAACAACCCAUGUGCCAGUCAACUUGAGACCGCUGUGCAACAUUUUGUCAACGAGGUCUCCAAGACUCGCCAAAACAGCGAGUAUGCAGCACGAGAAAUAUCUUGGGGUGUUUUUGAUCAUUCACAGCUUGAGGAUAUCUCUUCGUUGUUGGUAGACCUCAUACCACCGGCCUCUGGCCUAAGCUCAGUAGCAGACAUGCUGCAACUAUCCACUGCUGCUGGAUACAAUCUCUCCAACGACGCCUGUGCGAUAAACCGUCAUUCUGAGACAGACAACGAUUCGUCAUAUGAUGAUGACUGGCAACAUCUCGAAACAGCAAUGCAUCAGCAUUCACAAAAAAUGACUGAGGCAAUCCUUGAAGGAAUCGAACACGCCAAAGUUCGGUUAGAACUGAUAAAGGGACGCUCUCUGUUUAGCAGGUCUCGUGUGAGAAAGGUCGACGUGGAGCACCGCGCUGUUGCCGUGAAUCCGGGCGAGGCGGGAUUCCUUGAGUCAUAUCGCGACGUUUUCGAGAGGGGCCGUGUUCUCGACGAGGAGAAUGAGGCUAUAAGUAACAAAAAACUGCUUGAGUGUUACAUUCAACAUCGACCACAGGUUGGAAACCUUAGUGAAUAUACUUCAGAAAUGCACUCCAACACUUUGCGGUACUUCCUAUUUCUUCACUCUCAAACUCUCCUCUCGUCUUUGGGAAAUGAACUCCUUAAUCUCCUCACAUUCCUCGACGACUGCUAUUCGCGCCCUAAGCGGUUACUCAUACCACCGUUCUUCCACCCUAAAUAUUGGGUUGAAAGAUUUGUUCACUUGGGAGGCACCCAACAAAAGAGUACUUCUCAAGACGCAGAAAAACAGACAAACGUCGAACUUGGUCCCGGAUUUUACAGUCCAAAAAACCCCGACCACCUCCCACCUAGUAGCCUGAUGGAGACUAUUGGGGAUUAUAUUCCUAUUAUUGCGUUCCUUCACGAUUCGCAAAAUUUCUAUUUCAGACACCGGUUUCUCUGGUCGUUGUUUGCCAUAUUGCUUUCCAUGGCUCGCACUGCUGGAUCAUCAACCUUUCUUUUACUAGGUCGAGUACUUGGUACUCUAGCCUCAAUGAUAACGAGCUAUAUCAUCUGGUACGUGGUCGACGAAAAGACUCCUGGUAUAUUAGUCUUCCUCUGGUUGUGGUUCAUAGUGCUUGGCUAUCUAUUCGUCAAAUUUCCUAGUCUCUUCAGCAUAUGGUUUGUUGCUCUCAUUGCUUCAAUCGUAAUGAUAGCAAAUGAACUUCAGGUCCGAAAGUUGGGGGAAGCAGCCGUCUUGGCAUCUGGACAAGCUGUGUAUGCACCGUAUAUAAUAUUCCCUUACCGGCUUGCUUUCGUCACCCUUGGUGUUGUAACUGGAUACUUCUGGACAAUCUUCCCCUACCCUCUCUCCGAACAUUCAGAACUCCGCGAAAAUACGGCUAAAACCAUGUAUGGGCUAGCCUGUUAUUAUAUGUGCAUCCAACAAACCGUUCUUGCACAUCUUCACGGUAAUUUCGGUGACAUUAAAGAUAAAACAAGCCCUGGCUUUCACCUCCAGGCCGCUCGCCGUCGCAUCUUUCACAAGUACCAAGCCCUAAACACAAGCACCAAAACAGGUUACCAGUUUCUCGACUGGGAAUUUGGAAGCUACAUGACUCUUAUAAGCUAUGUGUCCCGGGACAUGAAGGCCUCGAAGGCGACCUCCUCUUGGUGGGCCAACGACCCAACUGGUACAGCUCAAGCUCAUUUAAUUCCUAAAGGCAUCACAACGAGAAUGAUCAUAUUGCAUUCUGCGCUGAGUCGGGCGCACCCGCUGCCACCGAAACUGACAGAGAUAGAAAUACCCCACAUGGGUGAAUUCUUAACUAGGGAUGUACCUGCAGAUGCGGGAUUCGCGGCCGCGGCAUUAAUUCACAGUGUUACUUGGUACUUGAUUCGCGAUGUCAAUCGUUUGACUCAGUAA